CACAUCUGAAAAGCUGAAAUGAAAGUGAAAAGAGGAACUGUGCUCAGUUACAUUUAGCAGCAGGGCUGAUCGCUUUAGAUUUGGAUGAGAGCUGAAGGGGAAGAAACAAGUGGAAAAAAAACAGGCUGGGUCUGUUAUCUGAAGCAAGUAGGGAUUUUAAAGAAAAAAGAUGACUUCUGUGUACAGAAGCCUUCAUGACAAUUAUGUCUCCAACAAAGGGAGGACCAGCUUUGUGACAUUGUUUGUGAUUUUGGGCUGCCUGACUGUACUCGGUAUCAUUCUUGCCAUCGCUGUGUUGGAGAGACCACCGCCUCCGGAAAAACAUGACACCCUCCCUGGGGAAACUGGUGGGGUUAACAUCACUGACCAGUGCAGCAUGGCCCUUGUGGAAAGCAUUCCUCUAUAUUUGAAAUAUAAAGAUAAUGCAACUUUUGGGAUCCCUCUGGAGCAAGUCUGGAAAGACCUGCUCUCCAUAGCAUCGCACAGGGUGGAGGUGGUGUCAUUCUACUGGACACUAACAGGGGACGAUAUCAAUGUGAACUCUUCCACAGAUGUCCCAGGAAGGGACAUCCUACAAGGACUCGGGGAGCUGCCCUCCAGGAACAUAUCCGUCCGAGUCGUGACCAGCGUUCCCACAAUUAAAUCAAACUCCACAGAUCUAAAAAUCUUGAAACAAAAAGGGGUUCAGGUGAGGAGGGUAGAUUGUGGCCGCCUGACGGCAGGCGUCCUCCAUACAAAGUUCUGGAUCGUUGACAUGAAGCAUGUGUUCAUUGGAAGUGCUAACAUGGACUGGAGGGCUCUUACACAGGUAAAGGAACUGGGAGUGGUGGUCUAUAAUUGCUCCAGUCUUGCAAUGGAUCUUCAUAAGAUCUUCCAGUCCUACUGGGUGAUGGGGGAACCCAACAGCUCCCUGCCUCAGCCCUGGCCGGCAAAAUAUUCCACUAACAUUAAUAAACAGCACCCCCUGCUGGUGAAGGAGGAUAACAUCUCCAGCAGCCUGUAUAUUGCUUGUUCUCCACCAUCCUUCUGUCCUCAAUCAAGAACUCAGGACCUAGAGGCCAUUCUGUCCUCGAUCUCAGAUGCUGAGAAGUUUGUUGAUGUUGCCGUCAUGGAGUACUUUCCCACCACUCGUUUUGAAAAGCCUCACAUAUACUGGCCUUUCAUCGACGAUGCGAUCAAGGUGGCUGCAUUUGAAAGGAAGGUGAAGAUCAGGAUGCUGAUCAGCUGCGGGCGUGACUCUGAUCCAGCUAUGUUGCCCUUUCUUCAGUCACUGGCUUCAAUGGACUACCCUCCUCAUCACAUCAGCAUCCAAAUAAAACUGUACAUCGUUCCAGUGGGAAAUCAGUCUGACAUUCCAUAUGCCAGAGUCAACCAUAAUAAAUACAUGGUGACUGAUAAAGUUGCAUACAUAGGUACUUCUAACUGGGCGGGCGACUACUUCCUGACCACAGCUGGAGUUAGUCUGGUGAUUUCCCAGAACUCUGCUCACUCUGGGUGGAACAGUAAGACACUGCACAACCAGCUGAAGGACGUAUUCAACAGAGACUGGCACUCAGAAUAUGCUGUGAACCUCAGGGAUCUUCAGCGCAACCUGGACUGUGCACUGUCACCACGAUAACCACAGUUCUGAUCAGACGACUAUAAAUAAUUUAUCUUAACAUUUAUACCAUGACAUUUAUGUUGCAUUUUUCUUUUUCAGUACAACAUGUUAUUCUUAAUAGCUUUUAAUGUACAGAUUUUCCUAUAUUGUUUCUUUGAAUGCAUUAUAUAUUAAAUAGAUGGAUAUCCUGUCUAAUGCGUUUAGAGUGUAAAAAAAAAUUAUCAGUCAUUUAUUUCAUUAUAAAGCUUCAUUAGGGCUUGAUGAAAGUUUUGAGGACUCAUUGUUCUGAGAUUCUAAGUAAAUGUUUGAAAUAAAUUAAACAUUAACACCA